CGGCCCCGCCCGGCGCGGCGCGGCCAUGGCGGCGGUGUUCGCCGCCCUGCGCGUCCUCCUCGGCCUCUUCUUCCUGCUCACGGGCGCCGUGAAGCUCUCGGACCGGCUCUCGGCCGAGCUGCACCAGCACAUGCAGUCCCAGUUCGUGCGCUUCGUGGACGUUUUCCCGCUGAAGGAGUUCGGCUACAAGCCCGAGCCCGGGCGGUACCUGGAGGCGAUCGGCUGGAUCGAGGUGGUGGCCGGGCUGCUGCUGGCGGCCGGGCCCCAGCUCCUGCAGGAGAUCAGCAACUUCGUGCUCACCGUCAUCAUGAUCGGUGCCAUCUACACGCUGCUGGCGCUGAGGGAGCCCGUGGCCAUGUGCGCCCCCGCCACCGUCUGCCUCGGCCUCCUGCUGCUGCUCAACGUCCGCGGCCGGGCAGCCCCCGCCAAGGCCAAGUUCGAGUGACCGGAGGUGGGAGGGGAGCUUGGGGGGGGGGGGGAUUGGGGCACGGCAUCGCUCCCCGCGAGGAAGCCCGUGCCCCGCGUGUGCCUUCCCGUCCCGGCGGCUCUUCCCCGCGGCUCGGCCAGGCCGAGCGGGGGCUGGCUCUGCUCUCGUGGGGGCUCUUGUAUUUUUAAAUAAAGCCUCUGUUUUUCA